AUGUCCGCUUUGACAGCCUUCGAAUUUUUUUUCAUCGAGGUCCCAAUAAUCGUCUUUUCGAUGGUCUUUUUCACGUUUACGGUUACAGCUGUCCUAUUUUGGACUAUCAUAUGGUUUUUGAUCAUUAGCCCGCCAGCAACCUCUAAUUUGAACAAUUCUAUAGAGAAAUUUCCCCUAGACGGCCUCGACAUCUCCCUAGUUUCAGAUGAAACCUUGAUUAAACUCUUUAAAACAGCGCCUGUUCUUCAUGGCUACCAAGGAACACGAAUUGCGCGCUUAUCAGAAUCGUCGAUCCUUAAAGGUGGGAGUGGUUCAUCACCGUGUGAAGCCAGAAUCCUUGAGAUCAUCGCUAAGGCUGAACCAUCAAUCCGAGUACCUACUAUCCAUCGCGUGUUGAAGAUCAAAGAAUGCUUCUAUGGUUAUAAAUGCCUGAUUUGGAUGGACUUUGUAAGCGGGAGACUGGUCCAGGAUUGCUGGGAAGACCUAAGUCGGCGUGAACGUAAGGAUAUCGCCUCUCAAGUGGCCACGAGUCUCAACAUAUUACACUCCAUCUCGCUACCAGAUCAGAUACCAGGACCUAUUUUGCCCGGCCCAAUAGGUCCUUAUACAUGUUUUGCCCGUGGUACGUUUUUUACCGAUGCAGGGGAUGGCCCAUUUAACUCAACAGAGCACCUUGAGGCCUGGUUUAAUCGAAGACUUAAGAUCACCCAGAAUUUCAAGCAAGCACCUACCGACUCUCCACAAUUUCGUUUUAAUAAACUGGUUCUAACAAAUUUCGAUAUUGCGCCUCGCAACCUGAUUCUUGAUUUGAAUGGAAAAGUCCGGCUUAUUGACUGGGGAUUUUCUGGGAUAUAUCCAGAAGGAUUUGAUUUUGAAGAGAUCUCUAUACGGAGAUCUCACGCACCAGAGUUUCUGGAUAUGGUUUUGGAACUAAUUCCUGGGUAUGAAGAUUUGUCGAAGCAAAUGCGAACGAUUCAAUACGCCUUGACUACCGCUCAAUGGGUUGAUUAUGAUUGGACGAGGGAAUAG